GCGGUGCCACAUAAGCCACCGGGACAGAGUGCAAGGGGGACUGACCAGCAGCCGGUAAAGAGAUUUUUUACUGUUGCUGCGGGUGCAUUAAACACGUAGUAUACGAAUUUUGUACAAUCGGCGUGAAAUUGUUAAGAGGCAGCAUUGCGUUUCUUAUCGUCGGUUAAAGUCAUGUGCGACCCACGUUGUGUUUUUAUUUGACGAUUUUCAACAUCAUCCUUGGUCGCAUAAUAAGUGGUGAGAGUAGUACCUGCAAUAAUAACAGCAACAGUAAAAAAUCUCUUUACCGGCUGCUGGUCAGUCCCCCUUGCACUCUGUCCCGGUGGCUCAUGUGGCACCGCAGUAGCAUAUUGCGGCAAAAGACUAAGCGGUUGUUCCUGUAACUAAUGCGAGCCCUGUGCCUAACAGGCCGCCGGCAGUUUCAUCAGUCCACCAAACAUCGCCCAAUAACUACGAGAUACAAAAACAACAUGGAUGACGGAAUAGAGCUGACCAACAAAUGGCUGAAAAAGAUCGUAACAGUGCCAAAAUGUUAGUUAUAUUGGUGUCGAGAGAGCAGCCCUUGACGUUCAUACUACCGAGAGAAUCGCGUACUGUACAGGACCUGCUCGAGCAAGUGGGUGCUUCAUUUGAUGAUAACACAACAAUACAGUGUGUAGAAAAUCCUGGUACAAGCAUAAACUUUGUGGUGACGGUUGGUUUUCCGGUACAGGAAUCUGCUAGUGAGUUGAUAUCUCGAGCCGAGCCGAGCAGAACCUUCAGAUUAUUCGACAACAGGAAAGUUUGCAGCAGAAUUCUUCUCAGGCCAAUUCACGUGGCUCGGAAAGUACAACAGCUGCACAAAGUGCAGCGCAGCAUGGCGCUGAAGUACCCGCACCAGCAGCAGCAGCUACUCCAACUGGGGUUGUUUCCAUAUCUGGAUCGGCAUCAUCAAGCCCCGCCCCAUCGGAAAGCUCUACUAAGGAUCAAACGGCGGCCCAACAAUCAAUGGUCGCAAAUACAAUGAUAGCAACAGCUUCCAAUUCAUCGAAGAAGGCGCACAGCGUAAUCUUACCCAUUGCGGCUUUGGCGGUUACGAUCAUUCGAAAUACGAACGACGCAAGCGUGUAUUUGACGAACCACCCAAAAAGAUACCAAUCAAAUAGGCAAUUACGACAGCCACAUCUACAGGCAACUUUAGUAAUUUGAGUGCAUCUGCACCUUUGGAAUCUCCCAGCCCCAACGCAAUGCCCAUGGAGAAGAAGCGACAUCAUGGUUAUAAUUCUGCUGCUGUCGGUGGUUCGCAAAGGGGCAAAUCGUCAGUUGCCUACAAUCCUAAUGGCCCGCCGACUAGAGGACGUGGUGGCUCUCAGGGUGGUAGAGGUCGGGGAAGUCGUACGCGCAGAGCAGCGGAAGUUGAACCCGUAAUUUUAAAAGUUCCUGAAGAUAAAGUUAACUUUAACUAGCAGAGACACAAACCCAUUCAAUUAGCAGCACACUGUUACGAGCUUAGCAGAGCUAUGCUAACAAUUUAACAGAAAAGAUCUAGAAAUAAAAUCAAGAAAAAUAAUGAAAAAAUUCAUAAGAAACGACAACAAGAGCACUAAAAGGACCACAAACAUUGCGAAUUUUGUAAAAAACUAUCUGACAAAGUAAUAAAUGCAUAAGGAUCAAAUCUUCAACACCAAAAAGUCCAAAACGAAAAGUAGAAAAACUAAGAGGGGUGCCGGGUACCCACUUAUAGUGAAGGAAGCUCUUGAUGCCUAGGAACUAAAUCAAAAAGCAAAAUAUGCAAAAAGCCGCCAGUAUUUGAGAUAAUUGGCAUUUAAAGUUAAAGUUAGAAUUAAUAGAAUGGUCCACCAUUUUUGGUGACCAAACAAUUUAUCUGAGUUGCCGCAAGAACUAAAUUUUACCUCGCCAGGCAUUACGGUUUGGUACUAGAACCAAUAAAGGUCUGGUGCUAAAACCAAUUGGCAUUGAAACCAAUACCAGUUCGGUAAAAAGGCUAGUACCAAACGGUACUAAUCAUUUUAUGUUUCAUCCAUACCAUCCGGAUUUGUUUUUGAUUUUACUAUCAAUACCGCAUGGUACUGAAAUGGGCACGUUAUGUAUCAACUUUUCUCUGUGUGUUAUGAUGACGUAAUUGUCAGUCAAUCCCACGACAGCCGGUUGUACGUACUGGAUUGACCCGAUGGAGUCCUUCAUCGGCAAGGGCUGCCGGCUCAUUGUGUAACACACUACUACAACAACCAGAAUUCUGUUGAAUGGGUGCUUAGGUAGCUGAUUGUUUUGUACUUGGAUCUGGUGAUGCAUUACAUUCUGCAGCAUUUGUUGUUGGUGAGAUGGGUUGUGUUGUUGCGCCGCCUGAUGUUGUUGCUGUACCCGUACAUAAGAAUCCACUUGCGGACAUCUCUGCUACCAUCCUUGAAUAUAUGUUGGAAUUUUUUCGAGGUCUCCGAACUCCUCAGUGUGUUAUUCCCAAAGCGAAAAUUUGAGGUCCUGGCUAUCGGUCGACCAACGCUUUCUUUUUGCUUUUGCUGCACUAAAAUAAAAAUAAAAUAUUACUUUUAAUCCAAUGUUACUUUUAAAUAAAAACUAAAUACUUACCUUUUUUUGUUCA